GGAGAAAAGAGGAAAAAACGAUAAGGCAGGUUGCCUGCGGGACCAGACUGAGUGCUGAGUGAUCUGUGUGCUCAGCUUGCAUGGCCAUCAGCAAGUUGACUGGCUGAGGAGAGGCGGAGCAGGGCAGUGAUGUGACCGAAGAAGAGCCUUUGAUGGCGGAUGCAGCUGCUGCGUCACCGCAUCCGAGGUCAGCACAGCAGCACUCACUUUAAGAAUUCAAGAUCCACAGGAUGCAUGUGAUGUCAUGUGCUGUCUGUUCACACAGUCGCCCCCAUUCCCAUUUCGUCAGUCUGCCUGAUGCCGUCCUCUUCUCGUGCAUCGGCCGGCUUCUCGGCACGCACUCCGUCGUCGGCAGCCUCGGUCGUACGCACUCUCCGCUGCAUGCAGCCUCCCGCCACCCAGACAUGCACAUCGUCCUGUGCAUCAACAGCACCAAGCCAAUCCACCUCAGCUCACGGCAGGUGGGCGCCUGGGCUCACACCGUCUCACAGACCCACCACGCAGUGCUGAAUUGCCCGGUGACCGACGGCCUGGUUCUGCUCAUCGAGGCGACGCGCAAGAGCCUGGUGGUUCUGGAGGCUGACAGCGUGUGCCAUGUGUCGUGGCCGAGUGGCGAUGUCAAGGGCCUCCUCGUCUUCCCGAGGCUGCGGCGGGUGGCUUUGGGAGGUGCCUGGCUGCCAGUGGGGGAACACCGCCAAUGGGCAUCAAGGUAAGUAAGGGAGAGUAGGAGGAAGGCCGCCACAGGCACGCAGGCACAUCGGAGCCUUUGUGACCGUUUCUGCGUGUUGUAGGCCACGUGAGGUGUGCCUCCGCGACAGGAAGCGUCACCAAAUUUGCGGCGACAGCUUUGCGGAAGACACCCGAUUGGUGUGGGUGACGGGCAGCCGGUCACUCGAGGCCAUCACACUCAUCGACAAGUUCGGCUCGCCAAAGGGCUGGGGCGGGGCCGCCGUGCGGCAGCUGCUGCGGACGCCCUUCCCCCAGACGGCCCUCAGGGCACUCAAGGGCGUCAGCCUCGACGAGCCCAGCUCACAGCUGGCGAGUGUGUUAGCUGCCAACGGCGUCAAGCUGAGUGAGCUGUCGAUGGCCAUCACCGUGGCUGAGUUGGACACCGACAUGGUCAAGGUGAGAACAACGAGGGAGGGAGGGAGGGAGGGAGGGAGAGCAGGGCGUGUGAUGGCUGAUGUGGCCCAUGUGUGUGUGUUUCGUGUGUUUGUCAGGCCGUGCACACCAUCAGGGCGAGGUGUCUCGCGGUUGGGGCGAGGGAGGACUGGAGCAAGAGCAGCUUCGUCUUCCCAAUCUCGCUCAUGUGGGCGUUUUCCUCAGUCGAGUUGCGGCUGUACGAGCCCACCCUCAUUUUCCUGGCGGCCAUCGCCAAGAAGGCCGUCUUCCCGACCGGCCUGGCCAUCGCCGAGCAUCCCACCGGCUUCCUGCCCCUCUACAUCUACCGCCACAUGAUCAAGCUCUCCUUCUUCAAGGUGACGUGCCUUGCGAUGGAGGAUGGCGACGAUGAGUUCCUCGCCGAGCACAUCGCCUUGCCUGACGAGCUGCUGUCCGAACUGCCCCGACUUUUUCGCCACGUCACAUGUCUGGAUGUGGGUCGUGGGCUGCACACAAACAUGGGCACUGGGGCAGUGAGGAAGGCAAUCGAGUCGCUGCCCAAGCUGACAGAGAUCAGGCACACAGACCCAGAUCCUGACGUGUGUCUGCUUCCUUCGUGUCUGCUGGACUGUGGCUCCCACGGCACGCCCCUGCACAUCAAGGGCCGUUUUGGCCGCGACCCUUAUCAUCCUUUUUACGCACCCUGGAUGCUGUGGGGGCUGUGGGACAGUGCUCCAGAUCCACCAGCCAUUGCACCAGACCAGGGCGGCAUACGCUCACGGAUUCAGCGGAUCAGCGUAGAGAUGAGGAUGGCUUACGAUGAGGCUGAUGUGUGCGACAUGUCAGACAGUGAGAUCGGCGAGGAGAUCAGCUACGCGCACGCUACCUUCAGCUGCCCACUGUCUAUUAGCCAGGCCAUUGAGCAGCUGCCGAGCCUAGAGAGGAUCGUCGUUGAGUGCCCUGACUUCUCUGAGAGCGGCGUGACUGCCCGUGUGUGGAUGGAUGUCAUGUUUGACAAGGGCCUCAACGAAGGCAAGAGAACGCUCCGCCACGUGCUGCACAGCCACGGCUGGCAAGUGUGGUAUGCUGAGACGAAAGUAGAGUUUUGUCGCCGCUUGAGGGGCCAGAGGCCCAUCACGGAUUUCUUCCCGCGCCUGUAGAUGAGGGUGGAUGGAUGGCUGUGUACUGUCUACGCGACUGCUCUAAGUGCUAGCUUGAUGUCUGUAUUAGACAGUGAGGUCUCUGCCGGUCGUCACCCCUGCAUCAUGUCGCUGUGUGUCUAGGCUUCCACGGUGUCAUCCCCCUUGUCUCUCCCCUGUGGUGGGAGAAGCAGGGGCGAUGGCGACACGGAUGGCUGGACAUCACCACGACACGGAAGCGGACCGACCGACAGACAAGUGGAUAGACACCAUGACGUAUGGCUUGCUUGCCUUUAUUGACGGUGAUUGGAUGUGUGC